UGUGAUUACUUCUAUUUUUAUCUUUUACAAGAAACUGCAGCAAAUAAAUUGCAAUUCGUUAAUUGUCGCUCAAGCUUUUAAAGCAGUUACAUAACAGACCUAAGCAAAAAUGGCUCUACCCGAUGGACUCUCUAGCAAAAUGAAGGUUUUCCAGGCUGUAAACGAAUUGCCUGUUUUUUUGAAAGGCGGACCAGCGGAUAAGAUUUUGUUUGGCAUAACUGCUGGACUGUGCGGCGUUGGCGUUUUAAGCUUUAUCCAUUUGGUCUACACAAUGGGAUUCUCCAAGAAGAAGGCCUAAAUUAAGUGAUCAAAAACUGCUUUGAUUAAAGAUACACUAAUGUAAUUAAUUAAA